AUGCACGGUCGCCGUCCUGAAAGACAAGAUCGUGAACAAGAAUCUUUGACACGUAUUGCUAUAGUAAAUAACGAUCGAUGUAAACCGAAAAAAUGUAAUCAAGAAUGCAAACGAUCAUGUCCAGUUAAUAAAACAGGAAAAUUAUGUAUCGAAGUAACACCUGAAUCAAAAAUUUCCCAUAUAUCAGAAGAAUUAUGUAUUGGUUGUGGUAUCUGUGUGAAAAAAUGUCCAUUUGAUGCGAUAACAAUUAUUAAUUUACCAAGUAAUCUUGAUAAAGAAACAACACAUCGUUACGGACCUAAUUCAUUUAAAUUGCAUCGUUUACCAACACCACGACCAGGGCAAGUUUUAGGUCUUGUUGGUUCAAAUGGUACAGGUAAAACAACAGCAUUACGAGUUUUAGCUGGAAAAUUAAAACCUAAUUUGGGCAAAUUUUCGACACCACCCGAUUGGCAAGAUAUAUUAAAAUAUUUUCGUGGUAGUGAAUUACAAAAUUAUUUUACAAAAAUUCUUGAAGAAAAUCUUAAAGCUAUACUUAAACCACAAUAUGUUGAUCAAAUUCCACGAGCUGCUCAAGGUCUUGUACGUGAUUUAUUAGAUAAAAAAGAUGAAUUGGGUAAUCAAGAUCAAAUAACUGAAUCAUUCGAUCUAUCAAAUGUUAAAGAUCGACAAAUAGCCGAUUUAUCAGGUGGAGAAUUACAAAGAUUUGCAUGUGCUAUGGUUUGUAUACAAAAAGGAGAUAUAUUCAUGUUUGAUGAACCAUCAAGUUAUCUUGAUGUUAAACAACGUUUAAAAGCUGCUUUGGCUAUCCGCAAAGUUAUUAGAGAAAAUCGAUACAUUAUUGUGGUUGAACAUGAUCUUUCGGUACUCGAUUAUUUAUCCGAUUUUAUUUGUGUUUUAUAUGGUUCACCUGGUCAUUAUGGUGUUGUUACAAUGCCAUUUUCUGUUCGUGAAGGUAUCAACAUAUUUUUGGAAGGUUUUAUUCGAACAGAAAAUUUACGUUUUCGUGAUGUGGCAUUAACAUUUAAAGUUGUUGAAACAGCAUCUGAAGAAGAAGUUAAACGUUUAUCAACACAUUAUUAUCCAACUAUGAACAAAACUUUAGGUUCUUUUAGUUUAGCUGUUGAUGCAGGAUCAUUUACAGAAUCGGAAAUUAUUGUUUUACUUGGAGAAAAUGGAACUGGUAAAACAACAUUAAUUCGAAUGUUAGCUGGAAAUUUAGAACCCGAUGCAGGAGUCGAAAUUCCUCAAUUAAAUAUUUCUUAUAAACCACAAAAGAUUAGUCCAAAAUUUGCUGGCAAAGUUCGUGAUUUACUUCUUGCAAAAAUUCGCGAAGCUAUGUUUCAUCCACAAUUUCAAACGGAUGUUUCUCGACCACUUCAAAUUGAUAAUAUUAUUGAUCAAGAUGUUCAAGAUUUAUCUGGUGGUGAAUUACAACGUGUUGCAUUAUGUUUAUGUUUAGGAAAACCAGCUGAUGUUUAUUUAAUUGAUGAACCAUCAGCUUAUCUUGAUUCUGAACAACGUUUACAUGCUGCACGAGUUAUUAAACGAUUUAUUCUUCAUUGUAAAAAAACAGGUUUUGUUGUUGAACAUGAUUUUAUUAUGGCAACAUAUUUGGCUGAUCGUGUUGUUGUCUUUGAUGGACAACCAUCAAUUAAAGCUCAUGCUUCUGAACCCCAAGCACUUGUACCUGGUAUGAAUUCAUUUUUAAGACAACUUGAAAUAACAUUUCGACGAGAUCCCGAAAAUGCUCGACCACGUAUUAAUAAAAGAGAUUCCGUUAAAGAUAUGGAACAAAAAUCAGCUGGUAAUUACUUUUUCCUUGAAUGA